CAAACCAUCAUCAUUUACUCCUUAGCAAAUUAAAAAAUUUCUCUGCACGAGAUUAGUUGUUUGAGUAAUAACGAGAAAGAAUUUUCACAUUAGGCGAAGAGUCCAAAAGAGGAGAAUAAAGAAUCAUCAUGUCCGAUAGAGUGGUACUUGGUUUCAUGUCCGAUUCUUGUGUGAAUCAUCAACAAGAUGAAGAAGAAUUAAUGAAUGAUGAGGAGGAAGAGGAUUUUGAAUUGAUGGAAUGUAUCAAGUGUUUUAAUAAGAAUGACAGUAGGAAGUUAAAUGGCAAUAACAAUAGAAAUUCAAUAAUUGAAAAUAAUUUGACAAGUGGAGAGAGUUUUAAUGGGUUUAAUAAUGUGAAUAGGCCUUCAACAAGACCAUUUGAGGAUUUUUUCAAUAUCUUUUUUAAUUAUGGAGCCAAGGAUACAUUUGAUAAUAUUCAGACAAAUACUGAACAGGAAAAGGUUCAUCGAUCAUCAAUUUCAAAUAAGGAAUAUAGAAGAAUAAGAAAGAAGGUGCUUGAAAGAGUGCUAAAACAAUUGAAAACCAAUGGGGAAACUAGUAUGGUCAUUCCAAAGAGGAGAGAAAUUAAGGAUAUUAUGGAUACCAUGUUUGCAAGAUCGAAUGGGUACAGUUUAAAGGUUGUUGCCUACUCGUUUAGAAAAGUUUGGACAAAAAUAUUUAGAGAUAUUGUUGAAUCUGGAAUGGAUUCAAAAUUGAAGACCAUUAAGAAACUCUAUCCAAAUGAUACAGUUGUAUAUGUUCCAAAUCAUAGAAGUUAUAUGGAUUUUCUCUUGUUGAGCUAUGUUUGUUUCCUUUGUAAAGUUUAUCCAAUUCCAAAUAUUAUUGCUGGAGAAGAUUUCCUUCAAAUGAUGCUUGUGAGUGAUGUAAUGAAACAUUGUGGUGCUUUAUUUAUGAAGAGACAGUUCAAUGAUCAACCAGUUUACAAGACUGUUUUUAAGGAAUAUAUUUGUACCUUGUUGGAGGAAGGAAGCUUUUUGGAAUUCUUUGUGGAGGGAACCCGUUCAAGAAAUGGCAAAACCUACCAUCCCAAGUUUGGUAUACUUAAUCUUGUGAUUGAUGCUUAUAUGCAAAAGAGAGUGAGUAAUAUUGUGUUUGUUCCAGUCUAUGUCAGUUAUGAAUCCAUGAUGGAAUCUCAAUCACACGUACGAGAAAUGCUUGGUGAAUCAAAAAAGAAGGAAACCACAGCAAAUAUGAUUACUGGACUAUUGGAUUCAAUUACAACCAAUUUUGGAGAUAUUGCUCUCAAGAUUGGAGAUCCAAUUUCCUUAUCAUCCUUCCUUGCAGAUCCUAACAAUGAAGGUUUAAGAAAGAAUAGAAGAGAAUUGUCAUCUCAAUUGGGGUUCUCCAUUACCAAAUCAUUGAAUGAUAAUUAUACAUGUCUUUCCUCUCAUAUUAUUUCUUCAUUAUUAUUACAAUAUUUGGGAGAUGUUAGAUUGGCAGAUAAGAGAUGUACAAUUCCAUUUUCCACGCUCAUUGAGAAGGUAUCAUGGCUGAAGGACGAAAUCCAAAGACGAAACGUUCCUCUUUAUUUAAAUGAAGCUGAAAGAAUGCCAAAUCAAAUGAUUGAAAGAACAUUACAAGUUUUUAAAGGGCACGUUGAAAUGAAAGGAUUAUCCAUUAGAGUGAAAAGUCCAAGAGAUUUCCUCUUACUUAGCAUUUACAAAAAUUCUCUGGCUCCAGUUUUUACAAAAGAGUCCCUUUUAUUGUGUGCUCUUCAUUCGCUGAGAUUGAAGGAUGUUAACUUUGAGGAAAUUGUCGAGUUGGAAACUCAACCAUUUGAUAUUGAGGAAUGGAAGGAGAGAUGUUCAGUGUUGGGAGAAUUAUUAAGCUUGGAAAUUCAUCCUCAAGACAUGUUAGAUUCGAGUGAGAGAUUUAAUUCGACAUUAUCAGAUAUGGAGGAAAGAGGAAUUUUAACUUGUCAAAAAGUGGAAGGAGGCAAAAUUUCUGUCAAGAUUAAUAAUUUGGGAUAUUUUGAAUUUGUCUGUUCAUUGCUCUGGCCAUCUAUUGAUACAUAUUCGAUAAUUAUUGGGUAUUGUUGUUUGAUUGCCAACAGAGGAACUAUCCAUUCAUUUGCUUUGGAUAAGUUUGUUAAGAGUUGUCAUGAAUUUCUUGAAAAACUCUAUCACGAAACAAGUGUGCCUUUCUAUGAAUCUGUCUCUGUAUUGACUAUUAGAAAUGUUAUUUCAAGAUAUUCCACAUGGAAUAUUUUACAUCGAGUGAGUGUGAAUAAUGUAAAUACCAUUCAAAUUUCUGAAUAUUAUGCCAAUCAACCUUCAGAAAUUAGAGAAUGGUGGGAUAUUAUUUCACUCUAUGCCAAGUACAAGCAAAAGGAGAACUUUUUUGAUUUGUAUAUUGACUUUGUUCCAGUGAAUAGAAUUUCAAAAUUGUAAUAAAACAA